AUGGUGCUGCGAGGCUCCUCUUAUGUCCCACCCGACGUCGCCGACCGCGGUCUCAUCCUCGCCACCUUGAUCAAGGGUAUCAUGCUACCCUGUGAAGUCGUCAGCAUACCGUUGUAUUCUCACCACAUACCAGGCGGCUACGAAUGCAAGACCCGAUCACCGGAGGAGAGGAAACACAAAUUCAAGCACGAGGCCGACAUUAUGGCGGGGACGGUGUACGCCAUCGCCAAGCAGCAGCGAGUGUGGAAGCGAUCCUUCGCCAGAGAGCUGGUCGGGACGGUCAAGGAGGUGCUGGGGACUUGCCACUCCCUGGGCAUCACCGUCGAUGGGAUGAAGGCGCUGGCGUUCCAGAAGGAGAUCUUGGAGGGUCGGGUGGUGGUCCCGAACGAAGAGGCUGUGCCGACCUUCAUGCGCGAAGACGGCAGUGGAGUGGAAACGAGUCUGUGCAAGGAGACCUACAUGAGCGACGAAGAGAAGCAGGCCAUGAAGGACAAGGCCACCGCCAAGAUGAUGGAGGUUCGCUACCGAAAGUGA